AUGGCUAUCCGCUCCAUGAAAUUCACACCCGAGGUCCUCCUUGGCGCGCCGAGGCGAUCCUCGGCUGUUCCUAACGCGGCCGGCACCCUCGCCGUCUACACCCAGACAUCUUACUCCUUCGAGUCACAUUCCAAGACCAACGAGAUCCGAGUCAUUGAAAUUCAAAGUGGUCGAUCUGCCCUCAUUACAAAUGACCCCGGCGCCAGCAAUCCCCAGUGGCUGGGUACUGAUGAUCAGCUGGUUUGGCUGAAGACUAAGACCAACGGCAAUACUAGCUUCAUUGUCGGCGAUGUGCGUGAAGCUGAUAAGACAUACACUGCGGGUACUGUUCCGGGUCCGGUCUCAGAUCUGAAGGUCACCGUCAUUGAGCCCGGCAAGAUCGGCUUUGCUGUUAGCGGCAAGGCCAACCAGGACGGUUCCCUGUAUAACCCCCACGAUGCAAAGAAAUCCUACACAACGGGUCGCCUUUAUACUUCUCUUUUCGUUCGACAUUGGGAUUCCUAUGUUGAGCCCCAGAAGAAUUCGAUUUUCUAUGGAAUCCUGGAGCAAACUCCCUUGUCGCCUGCCCGUAGACUGGCAGGGAAAUACUCGGUGUCUGGUCUCACGAACCUAAUCUCAGUGUCUGGACUGACAGGCGUUGAGUCUCCGAUCCCACCAUUCGGGGGUACCAGUGACUUUGAUAUCAGCCCAUCUGCCAUUGUUUUCAUUGCCAAAGACCCCGGUCUUAACCCAGCAACACACACCGCCUGUUCCUGCUACUAUGCGCCCAUGUUUUCCUGGACUAGCAUGAGCAUUCCUGAUAUCAAGACUUGCAAAGUAACUGGUUUGCGAGGAGCAAUGUCCUCGCCCGUUCUGUCCUCCGACGGGAGUUCCAUUGCUUUGCUGGCCAUGCAACAAGAUGGGUACGAAUCUGACAAGAAUCGAAUUUUGUACGUUCCUAACCCAUGGAAUGGCGAAAUGAUCGAAGUGUUCGAGUCCGGUGAUGGCAAGGGGCUUUGGGACCUGAGUCCCUCUGCUAUCUCGUUUGCCCAUGAUGACAAAUCGCUGCUCAUCCAGGCUGAGGAAAUUGGACGUGGAGUCCUCUAUCAACUUCCUUUGCAGAACAUCCGGCAGGCCAAGCCUGAUUCUUUACAGAGACUCACCCGGUCUGGAUACGUGAAUGAUGUGGUUCCUGCGGCUGCGGGUUCCUCCAGCCUAUUCAUCUCUAGCAACAGCCUGGUGGACAACAGCGUAUGGUCUAUCAUCGACCCGGCAAGCCCUGACGUAGUUCAAGUCGUAUCGUCGAGUGGCCGAGGAGGGUCUGCCUUUGGCCUUUCGCCAACCCAGGUAGAUGAGAUUUGGUUCCAAGGAGCGGAGAAUCACCCAGUUCAUGCUUGGGUUGUGAAGCCGUCUGAUUUCAAGCCGGGUGAGAAGUACCCUUUAGCCUAUCUUAUCCACGGUGGCCCCCAGGGAGCAUGGAAUGACCAAUGGAGUACCCGCUGGAAUCCUGCCGUCUUCGCGGAGCAAGGGUAUGUUGUUAUUACACCCAAUCCAACGGGUAGCACUGGAUACGGUCAGCCGUUUACAGAUGGGAUCACUGGCCAAUGGGGAGGCCGACCUUAUGAAGAUCUGGUCAAGGGCUUCGAAUACAUCGAACAGAACCUCACAUAUGUUGACACUACUCGAGCUGUUGCCCUGGGUGCCUCAUAUGGUGGAUACAUGAUGAACUGGAUACAAGGCCAUCCUCUUGGGCGCAAGUUCAAAGCACUGGUCACUCAUGAUGGUGUUUUCAGCAUGACAUCCCAACUGGCUAGCGAAGAGCAAUAUUUCCCUCUACAUGACCUUCAGGGACCGAUCUGGAAACGGCCCGAGAAUUGGGCCAAGUGGGAUCCAUCGCGCUUCACCGCGAACUGGCAAACACCACACCUUAUUAUUCACAACGAGCUUGAUUACCGACUGACGAUCGCUGAAGGCCUGGCUGCAUUCAACGUGUUGCAGAUGCGCGGUAUCGAAAGUGCCUUCUUGACCUUCCCUGAUGAGAAUCAUUGGGUCCUGAAUCCUGAAAAUUCUCUCAUGUGGCACAAAACUGUGUUGAACUGGAUCAACAAGCACGCUGGUUUGCCUGCAGUUUCAGAUGAACCAGAUCUGUCAGCCAUGAACACUCUGGCUCUCUAA